AUGAACAAUCAGGUUAUUUACAGAAAAAUGGCGUUCUUUGUUUUGUGAGCGUAGAGGAGCUUCAAAAAGAUAUAUUUUUUGUUUUUAAAAACUGUUAAAGCCAGGAUGAAGGUGGUCAAUCUGAAGCAAGCCAUACUGCAGGCAUGGAAGGAGCGCUGGAGUGACUACCAAUGGGCAAUCAACAUCAAGAAAAACUUUCCAAAGGGAGCAACAUGGGACUACCUCAACCUUGCAGAGGCCCUGAUGGAACAGGCAAUGAUUGGUCCCUCUCCAAACCCUCUUAUUUUGUCAUACCUUAAAUAUGCUAUAAGUUCUCAGAUGGUGUCUUAUUCCAGUGUCCUUAUGGCCAUCAGCAAGUUUGACGAUUUUUCUCGGGAGCUGUGUGUUGAAUCGCUGUUGGAAAUAAUGGACAUGUUUUGCCAUCGUCUCAGCUGUCACGGGAAAGCAGAGGAAUGCAUUGGGCUGUGUCGGGCUCUGCUGGGAGUGGUUGUUUGGCUGCUGCAGGGCUGUGCCUGGUACUGUGAGAAGCUGAGAGAACUGGGUCCAUCAACCAGCACAGAGGCCAGUCUGAGGGCCUGCCAGGAGAGGCUUCAUAUUCUGAUGAGCAGCAACAAGAACAGAGCCCUGGUCCACAUCUCCAGGCUGGAGGAACAAGGUUCCUGGAGCAAUGUAGAGCAGUCAAUGCUUAAAGUGACAGAUGGCCUCAGCAGUGUACCGAACCAGACAUUGAGAACCAAACUAGAGGAGAGCUUGUCACUAGUUCAAGGCAUUCCCUCAAUGCUAUCUGUGCAGUGUGACCCUCCGUUUCAUGCCUCUUUCCCAUCUGUCCAUGCCUUCAUCAUGCUGGAAGGGACCAUGAAUCUGACAGGCGAGACACAGCCACUCGUGGAACAGCUGAUGAUGAUUAAGAGAAUGCAGCAAAUUCCUGCUCCUCUUUUUGUCCUGGAGAUCUGGAAGGCCUGCUUCACCGGCCUCAUCGAGUCACCAGAGGGCACAGAGGAGCUCAAAUGGACCGCCUUCACAUUCCUCAAGAUUCCACAAGUUCUUCUGCGACUUAAGAAGUAUCCUCAGGGUGACAAAGGACAGGACUUCAUGGAGGAUGUGAACAUUGCAUUUCAAUACUUACUCAAACUAACACCACUUCUGGACAAAGCUGAUCAGAGAUGCAACUGCGACUGCCUCGGCAUGCUCCUGCAGGAGUGUAACAAGCUUGGUCUGCUGUCAGACUCGAACACAGCCUGCCUCACUUCAAAACGGACUGGGGACAGGGAGUAUGCCCCAAAGCAAAAGACGGCCGAAAAUGCAAACAUCCAGCCCAACCCAGGCCUCAUCCUGAGAGCUGAGCCCACUGUCACCAAUAUCCUCAAGACGGUAGAUGCAGACCACUCUAAGUCCCCUGAGGGCCUCUUGGGGGUCUUGGGACACAUGUUGUCCGGAAAGAGCCUGGAUCUGCUCUUAGCAGCAGCAGCGGCUACUGGGAAACUCAAAUCCUUUGCUCGGAAAUUUAUUAAGCUCAACGAGUUUCCCAAGCACAUCAGCGGUGAAGGAUCCAAAUCUGCAUCAGUGCGGGCCCUGCUGUUCGACAUCUCCUUCCUCAUGCUCUGCCAUGUGGUGCAGACUUAUGGAUCUGAGGUGAUCCUGUCAGACCCCAGCCCUUCAGGAGAGACGCCCUUCUUUGAAACAUGGCUGCAGACAUGUAUGCCUGAAGAGGGCAAGACUCUGAACCCGGACCACCCCUGCUUCAGACCAGAGCCCGGCAAAGUGGAGAGCCUGGUCACCCUUCUGAACAACUCCUCCGAGAUGAAACUAGUUCAGGUGAAAUGGCAUGAAAUCUGCCUCAGCACUCCAGCAGCCAUUUUGGAAGUUCUGAAUGCGUGGGAGAACGGGGUUCUUUCUGUGGAAGCUGUACAGAAAAUCACAGACAACAUCAAGGGGAAGGUGUGUAGUAUGGCUAUCUGUGCGGUGGCGUGGCUGGUGGCCCACGUCAGAAUGCUGGGAAGAGAUGAGCGAGAGAAGCCUCAGACUAUGAUCCGGCAGCUCGUUACCCCGCUGUAUGGGGAGAACACUCUGCAGUUUUACAAUGAACGAGUCAUCAUUAUGAGUUCCAUCAUGGAGCAGAUGUGCGCCGACGUCUUCCAACAAACAGCCGCGACCAUGCGGCCCCCGAUGGAGGGCCAGGAGCCCAUCCCGUACCGUAACCUGCUGCCGGCUAAAGACCCCAUCCACGUGGCCCUCAGCAAGCAGUUCCAGACGGUGCUGCGGAAAGGCUGGGUGGACAGCCGGGCCCUGCAUCUGUUUGAGAGUCUCCUCAACAUGGGAGGGGUCUUCUGGUUCACCAAAAAUCUGGUCAAGGAGCUGCUGAAGGAGACUCGACAGGAGUGGGCCAAUCGGGUGGUGGAGUUACUCUACAGCAUCUUCUGCCUGGACACUCAGCAGAUCACCCUCACCCUGCUCGGGACCAUCCUGCCUGACCUGCUCACUGACUCCGCCCACUGGCAGAGCCUGGCAGACCCCCCUGGGAAGGCGCUGGCCAAGUUGUCUGUGUGGUGUGCGCUCAGCUCUUACUCCUCUCACCACAAAGGCUCGUUCUCGGCACGCCAGCGCAAGAGGCAGCGAGAAGACAUUGAGGACUACAACAGCCUGUUUCCCCUGGACGACACUCAGCCGUCUAAACUCAUGCGUCUGCUCAGCUCCAACGAGGACGAGCCAGUAGCCCUCUCCAGUCCAGGAGACCGAUCUAUGAGCAGUUCCCUCUCUGCUUCCCAGCUCCACACUGUCAACAUGAGGGACCCCCUCAACAGAGUCCUGGCCAACCUCUUCCUCCUCAUUUCCUCCAUCGUGGGCUCCAAGAUGGCGGGGCCUCAUACCCAGUUUGUUCAGAGUUUUAUGGAGGAGUGUGUGGAUUGCCUGGAGCAGGGGAGCCGCGGCAGCAUCCUGCAGUUCAUGCCCUUUACAAUGGUUUCAGAGCUGGUGAAGCUGCCCGCUCUGGCCAAACCUAAAGUGGUCCUGGCCAUCACAGACCUGACUCUGCCGCUGGGGAGGAGAGUCGCUGCUAAAGCCAUCUCCGCUUUGUAAGCGUUGUGGGUUAAAGUUGACAUCCUGUUUCAACAGAGUAGAUGGUAAAGGAAAAAAAACUCUGAAAGUGUCUGGAUUAUCCAAUUAAAGGGGUUGUCUUUAUUUGAAAUGAUAUCUAUAACCAUGUUUCUAUAAACCUAGUUUUGUGUUUUUUAUGUUCUUUUUCACUCUUUAAGAAAUGUGUAAAUACUUCUUUAAAAAUAAAAAAAAGAAAGCAGA